AUGGAUCGUGUUCAUGGCACUUCAUUUCAAGAAUUGAAGAGGAAGUUGGAAAUUACAGAGAAGAGCAGAAAGGUAAAAGGUAUUGAAUAUGAUAAUGCGGAGGACCAACCGGAAGAAUUCGAGGAGGCCAUCAUGAAGUUGUUUGAAUUGAAUCGCAAAUUAUUGAAGACGAGCCAUUGUACUUUGAUGAGAAAUCCGCAUUAUCACCGGAUGAGAGGGGCAGUGUGA